AGAGCUGUCUGGGGUUAAGGAGGAAGUGACGGCAAAGGCGACGAUGGCGGCUCGCAGUUCGGUUCCGGAUUCGCUGUAAAGCAGAAGGGGUUUUGAUGGCGACUGUUAUGAGUUCUGGUGUUUUAGGGACUUUAUUCCAUUUCGCCUAAAAAACGAGGAAUUAUAGCAGAACAGACCGUGUGGACUGGAAGUUCAGACUUGUUUUUUCCGGCUUUAGAAAUCGGACUGGAAGCCCAACAAACUUACUAGCUUGGCUGGCUAGCCACCUUGCGACUUCUUGGCUUUAACAGCUCCCCAUGGAUAUCGACCGCUAGCCGGCUUGCGGAUUCAUUCACCUUCCAGUCAGUUGGCUUUUGUGAACUUUUAAAAUUUUAUUUAUUGAUUUUUUUUAAGUAGACGAAAUCUUUUCUACGGAGGCUUAGGCGCUUUCUUGUCCUGGUGCCCGUCGGUCCGGACGGGUUCAGCACGUUUGUAAGCAACCCCCUUCCCCUCCUUCCUCCCCCUCUCUAUGAGAGGUUCUGUUGAGGGUAAACUCGGUCUGACUAGUUCCCUGGUCGAGUGAAAGUGUUCGGUUGGUAGAGGCUGCUAUAACUAUCCAGCCCUUUGGUCCGCCCGGGUCGCGCGCGGACGUUCGCGUGGCUGCCGACAUGCUGAAGACCCGACAGUGGCUGCUCGGGAUCCGCACUUUCCUCGGCUUGACGUCCAGAAUAUGGGGCUUCAUCCUGUACCUGCUCAGGAAACAUCUACGCACGAUAAUCCAGUACCAGACAGUGCGUUAUGACACUCUACCUCUGUCACCUGUCUCCAGAAACAGACUCAAUGCGGUGAAGAGGAAGAUUCUGGUUCUGGAUCUGGACGAGACACUAAUCCACUCCCACCACGAUGGGGUCUUGAGGCCCACAGUGCGACCCGGUACGCCGCCGGACUUCAUCCUCAAGGUGGUUAUAGACAAACAUCCAGUCAGAUUUUUUGUACAUAAAAGACCACAUGUGGAUUUUUUCCUAGAAGUGGUCAGUCAGUGGUAUGAGCUCGUCGUGUUCACGGCCAGUAUGGAAAUCUAUGGGUCUGCAGUUGCGGACAAGCUGGACAACAACAGGGGGAUCCUGAGACGGAGAUACUAUAGACAGCACUGUACCCUAGACCUGGGUAGUUAUAUAAAAGACCUGUCAGUGGUACACAACGACCUCUCCAGUAUUGUUAUCCUGGACAACUCACCCGGAGCUUACCGGAGUCACCCAGACAAUGCGAUACCAAUUAAGUCCUGGUUCAGCGAUCCCAGCGACACAGCACUGUUGAAUCUGCUGCCCAUGCUGGACGCACUAAGUAUUGGAACUGGUCUUCAGCAAUGGAAGAUGAUGUAAAACACGAGAACACAAGUUUACAGCUGACGUCAGAUCCGUCCUCAGUCGAAACCUCCACCAGCAUCGGCUCUGGUGAUAGUCCAGUGGGGGCCACCUCUGUAUCUGGGCCCUCAUAGUUUUUCUCUUCCCCAUCCCACGGCUGCUGCCCCCAAAACCGCCCCCCUUCACCCGCCAGUCUCACUGUUGACCUCUCCUUGCUCCACAACACCCCCACUACCCGCCGCCACCCAUCACUAUGGAGUGGUGUGGAGUUGGGCUUGGGGGACGAAGAGGAGGAUGGAGGAGGGAUGAAGGGAGUGUGGCAGCCUAACAGGGAACUGGAAAUUAGCUGGGGCACCAGCUGCUGUUUUUCUUCAGAACGUCUCUGCCUUACAGUUUCUGAUACAGUGUGUGCAUGUGUGGUGUGUGUCUGUACAGGAGUACGCUCAUGUUUUGUCUUUUUAAUUCAAGACGACAAAACUGAACAGGUGAACGGACAGAGACAAUGAAGCCGGCCUGUUUCCUUUAUACCCAACCCCCCCCCCAACCUGAACUGGCACAGACCUAUUCCCAAACUGCCCCCCUUCCCAUCCCACUCAGCAAACUCAUCACCUGUCACAUGGAUUUACAUUUACUGAAUGAAGCCAAAAGGAAAAAGGACUAAAGAAUCUGGAUCCCGCCGCCUCCCAUUUCCCAGAAAGGGGGCACUGGCAAAUGGUACUGAGCAUUUUUAGUGGGUUGGGGGGGUGGGGGGUGAAGAUGAUGGUUAGUUCUAAGUACAUUUCCGCAGACUGUAAUAAUUUUGCCUAUGGGGGGGAAAAAAAGUUAUUUUUUAUAUGUAUAUAUUGAAAUGAUGGGAAGAAAUCAGUGAUCUCCUCUUGUUUUGUUGAACAUUAUUAUUCGUAAUUGUUGUUCACCUGACAGAAACAGGAGACUAAGAUGCAAAUGAAAGUAUAAAAGAACCAUUUUGAAUGUGUAGAGAUUACCCAUCUCAUUUCCUUUCCCAGUCUGCUCCAGUAAAUAGGUCUAACCACAAGCCACCAACAACUGGAAUGCUGUUGAUUAUUAUUUCUUCCAUUUUAUAACUGCCUCAUUUAUCUAUAUUUUUUAAAACUGAACGGAACCCCCCCCCCCCCCCCCCACUCUGUUUCUUCUGUUUUUAUGUACCCCCUUCUCCUUCCAUGUAAUUGCCAUUUGAACAAUUUUAGUCUAGUAAGUAUUCAGGCGGCCUCAGUUUGCCUCGGUCCCCAGGUCUGUGCGUGUUACUAAUAAAACACAUCAGUAUCAA